AUGUCUUCGCCGCAGGAGACAGUGAAGCUGGCAGAUGAGAUCCGGCAGAGGCAGGCAUCCUUCGCCACUCGAGGUUUCGGACGCCGCAACAGACCAACACUGCACUCGGAGCCAUCCGUCCAGCUGUCAACCUCACACGAUGAUGCUGGCCCCAGCGACUCCGCUCGCGACGCCAGCUUCGACCUCGGAAGCGUGUCGCCGCAGCUGCAGUCCGUGACGCUGCCCGAUGACGACGACGAGGAAGCAGGUCAGCUCGAGAUGGACUAUGCGCCUGACCAAGAGCCAACACCGACUCGUGCAGACGAUUCCCAGGCUUCAGAGAGGCGAGAUGGUCAGUCUCAAAACCAAGACGAUGGGCCAUCACUGGCGGCCGAGAUUCUGGCUGCCGCAGCCUCCUCGGAUGUCAUCUCGCCCAAGAAGCGGACGCACCGCCGGCGACCCGACUCGCUCCGACGUACCGAAAGCAGCUCCUCUGCUGGGCGCGCCAGCACCAGCUCGCUCGACUCGACACCUACCUCUCCGGCGCCCCGACGCAAAAGGCCGUCACUCGGCCGGGCUGAAUCUGCGACCGGAUUUAGCCAUGAUGAAGCUGUAAAGAAGAGGAUGACUGUCUUGCUAGAAGGCGAGAUGCCCGAGGCGGAUGCAGUCGUCUCCCCAGAUGAAGACGCAAAGGAAGGAGCACAGCGCACGCGAACUCAGUCGCAGGAAGAUCUGGGCCGGCACGUCGUAGAUGCCAGCUCCGAUGUCGAAGGCACACAACGGGCCACCGACACGGAACAUGACGACACCUUCGAGGACGAAGCGGCGGACGAGGAUGAGGACGACGACUCUGCAGACGAGAGCGAAGACGAUGAGGAAGAAGAUGUGGAGCCCUCGCUCAAGUACUCGCGCGUCAAGGGUGGGGUGAGCGACGUACUCAAGCGCGACACCGCAUCUGCAUUCGCGCUCUCUCCACGCUUCAUGGCACUCGGAACGCAUGCGGGCAUGAUCUACAUCCUCGACAUCAACGGCAACCUCGUCAAAGGCUUCCGUCUGCAUACCGCCUCGAUCCUGGACGUGGUCAUCGACAAUACGUCCGACUUUGUCGCUGCUGCCUCCAUGGACGGCUUAGUCUCGAUAUCGGCACUCGCCACCGCAGAGCAGUACGUGUUCGACUUCAAAAGGCCCAUGCGCUGCAUCUCGCUCGAGCCCAACUUUGGUCGCAAGUCGUCGCGCGCGUUUGUGUGCGGUGGCAUGGCGGGUUCGCUCACGCACCGCGAAAAGAGCUGGUUCGGUCACAAGGAGACCGUCCUGCAUUCGGGCGAGGGACCCAUCUGGACCACACGCUGGCGCGGCAGCAUGAUCGCAUGGGCGAGCGACAAGGGUGUGCGCGUGUACGACACGGAUGCAAAGCAGCGCAUCAGCUUCAUCUCGCCUCCGAGCAAGGAUGUGCGAGGCGACUUGCAUCGCUGUACGCUCUAUUGGCAGGAUGACCGCACAUUGCUCAUCGCUUGGGCAGACCACAUCAAGGUGGCCAAGAUCAAGGAGAGGCAAGCCAACGGCUCGGCAGGCGGCGCCACCGCUUCUUCUGGCGCGUCGAUCGCCUCGACUUCGACGCACAAUGCAGCGUCUGCCUUGAGCAAGGUCGGCGUGCCUGGCACUGGGCUUUCGCAUCCGCAGCACUACAUCGAGAUCACCGCCAUCUUCCAGCUCGACUGCAUGAUUUCGGGAAUCGCCCCGUACGGCCUCGACUACCUUGUGCUGGCGUACGUCACAGACGAGCCUGACGACUCGGAUGACGACAGCGACGGCGAGAAGCAGGUGGCACGGCGCCGGCCCGAAGCACAGAGACCCGAGCUGCGCAUCAUCAGCCGUGCAGGCGAGGAGCUCAGCUCAGACGUGCUCAGUCUCAACGACUACUCGCGCUUCCAGUGCAACGACUACUUGCUGGUGCCGUCCAUCGAGGCGCAUGCAUACUCGGCGGCGCUGCUGGCGGGGCGCAAGGUGCGAGCCGAAUCGACCGAGGCGUCUCAGUUCUACGUGGUGAGUCCGCGCGACAUUGUGGUGUCCAAGCCGCGCGACGAGAAGGACCACGUCGAGUGGCUGCUCGAACGCCAGCGGUUCCAGGAGGCGCUCAUCAAGAUCGAAGGCAUGGGUAAGACGGCGGCCCUGCAGAACGGAUUCGAUGCCGAGGUGAUCGGCAAAAAGUACCUCAACUGGCUCGUCGAGGAGGAUCGGUACUCGGAGGCAGCGCGCGUGGCGAGCAAGAUCCUCGGCCGCAACGCGUCGGCGUGGGAAGACUGGAUCUUCCUUUUCGUCGAGAAGGGCAAGCUUGGACUGGCGAUCCCGUACAUUCCCACGUCGGACCCGACGCUGAGCGAGAUGGUGUACGACAUGAUCCUUGCGCACUUCCUGCAGCACGACCUGGACAAGCUGCUCGAGACGAUCAAGGAGUGGCCGUCGGAGAUCUACUCGACGCCAGCGGUGGUAUUGGCGAUCGAAGACCGGCUUGCCUCGGGCGGUGGUGGUGGUAGUGGAGUGGACGACGACAAGGUCAAGACGGCGACGGAGCGGUUGCUGAUGGAGUGCCUCGCCGAGCUGUACAUCAAGAAUCGACAGCCGGGCAAAGCGCUGCAGUACUAUCUGCGCCUGCGUCGCGCCAAUGUAUUCGAUCUCAUCCGCGACAAUAACCUGUUCACGGCAGUGCAGGACCAGGCACUGCUGCUGAUCGAGUUCGAAGAAGAUCUCAAGACGCGCCGGGCCCCGGACUCGUCAUCGCACUCCAAGCACGGUGCAGCGAUCGAUCUUUUGGUGGACCACACGUACUCGAUUCCGAUCGCACGGGCGAUUGCGCAGCUCGAGACGCAUCCGCGCUACCUGUACAUGUACCUGGAUGCGCUGUUCGAUCGGGAUCCGCAGCAGGUGACGCAGUUCUGCGAUCUGCAGGUGAAGCUGUAUGCCGAGUACGAAUCCGGUCGGCUCAUGUCGUACCUGCGCGCCAUGUCGUCGUUCUACAGCUUUGAAAAGGCGUACGCGAUCUGUAGCGAGCACGACUACGUGGCCGAGAUGGUGUUCCUGCUGGGACGGGUGGGCGACAACAAGCGCGCGCUGUCGCUCAUCAUCGAGCGGCUCGGCGAUGUGGAGCGUGCGAUCGACUUUGCCAAGGAGCAGAACGACGACGAUCUGUGGGAGGAUCUACUGGGCUAUUCCGAGUCGCGGCCGGCGUUCAUAAGAGGGCUGCUCGAGAACGUGGGUGCCGAGAUCGACCCAAUUCGGCUGAUUCGGAGGAUCAAGAAUGGGUUGGAGAUUCCGGGGCUCAAGGCGGCGCUCAUCAAGAUCCUGUCCGACUUUACGCUGCAGAUCAGCCUGCUCGAGGGAUGCGAGGCGAUCCUGAGCCACGACACCAAGGUGCUCAGCGACGAGUUGCAGCGGUCGCAGCUGUAUGCGAGCUAUGUGGAUGACGAGUCGAUCUGCGCUUCGUGUGGCGCUGCGCUGUUUGCGUCCGGUCUGGCCAAGACGACGGGUGGAGAUGCGUAUACGGCAGCACGACAGCCCAAGGUGGUGGUGUACCUGUGUGGGCAUGUGCAUCAUCUCACGUGCCUGCUUCCGCCCGCCAACGUGCCUGUCGUCAAGUCGGCAGUGACCGGUGCGGAGUCGGUCAAGUUGACAACAACGCAGGCAUUUGCAAGCACACCCGCUGUCAGGCAGCGCUGGACCAGCCAUGCAUGGCGGAGCUUCGACGCCGAGGAGGACGAGGCUGUGGCGAAACAGGCUGCACCGGCGUCGCUCGUCGAGCUCUCGCAGUACGGCCCGCUGCACCGCGCCAACCACGCUACGGCUCAAUUCCACGCGCGACUCAAGUACGAAGCGCGCCUGCGCUCGACAGUCGUCGCGAAAAAAGGAUGUCCCACAUGUAUCAGUGAGGGUCUUUUGUCUCGCUGA